AUGUUAGACAUCCUUUGUUUUUCCUGGGACUUUAGAACCAUUGAGGGACGUGAAAAGAUGGCUGCGUUCCUCUUGGAACUGCUCGACGGCGGGCAUCGCUUUGAUAUAGUGGGACUUGGUGACCUAGAGAUCGACGCGGGAAGCACCCUCGGCCGUCCCUCUUCCUUCCCUAUACCCGGUACUGAAGUUGCUGGAAUUCAGGCAGCGUUCAGGUUCACGCUCCGUGAGCCCCAUGCUUGCAGCCGGGGCUUUUUCCGCCUCGUACCUGGACCGGAAGGGUAUAAAGCUUUCACUGUUUACACUGCUAUGCACGAAUUGGUUGGUCACGAAGAGCCCACCACGCGGCCAAGGGGGAUUCCUUGGGAUCCUACAACUAUGACCACUUGGGAGGAAGAUAGGGAGAAAGAGGUUGAAGCUAUCGAGCUCGGCGGUGGCCAAUGUGGCCUGAUGGCUGCUGCUCGAUUCUGUCACAUGGGUAUUCAUGCUUUGGUCAUUGAGAAGACACCUCGCGUUGGCGAUCCGGCGAACUUCCUGGAAUACAUUGGUCGGAGAAAGUUGGCUGACUUUAUGGAGUCGUAUGCCAUCCAACAAGAACUCACAAUUUGGACCUCGUCAAGUUUCGUCUUAUCCAGGACUGGAUACCAUUUGGCGUCUUCGAAUGUUGAAGCCCUUAUGGGCCCCGAGGUUGCCGCCAAGGUCGGCCCUGUGUGGGGUCCCGAUGCUGUAGGCGAGCUUUGA